AUGAGCGGUGAGGUCAAGCUCGGGAACAUGGGACUCGCGAAUCUUGAGACAACCGAGACGCCCGGCACACCGUUUUGGACAGCACCCGAGAUCUUUGAAGCGGAAGGUGCUGUCGAUGGCUUCCCCGCCGACAUUUACGCCUUCGGUGUGCUUCUCACGGAGCUCGACACGUGCCAGCUGCCGUACUUUGACCAGGACGUCCACGAUGCUGCUGCGUUUGUGCGAGGUGUGGUCAAUGGCACUCUGCGCCCGACGCUGACGGCCGCGAGCGAACCGUGGCUGCGACGGCUGGUGGAGAUGUGUCUGCUCGGAGACCCAGCAGCGCGCCCGACAGCGGCAACCAUUGUCGAGAUGCUGAGCGCUGAGAUGGCUGCAGUGCCAGGCAUGAGCGUGGCUGAGACGUACUUGCGCGCAGUGGCGAGGGACGAUGUCAACGCGGUCAUACAGCUGCUCGAAAACGGCACAUCGCUGGACGAAACACUUCCGGGCGGCGCGUCACUGCUUCUAGCGGCCACGACAGCUCGCGCCGCCACGACAGUGCAGCUCCUCCUCGAUGGCGGCGCCGACGUCAACAACUUGAGCGGCGGGCAAUCGCCACUGCAUGAAGCUGCAACUCGAGGCAACGCGAACCUACUGGUCACACUCAUCAACGCGGGCGCCGAUGUUGACUGCCGCGAUCACGAGGGCAAGACACCGCUGCUGUGUGCAUUCCGCACGGGAAGUGAGUUGUGCAUCAAGGAGCUCGUAGCAACGGGAGCUGACGUCAACCUGGCGGCUACGAACGGAACCACGCCUCUCCAAAUGGCACAAGCAAACCUGGCGGACGUCGUACCGAUGCUCAAGCAUGCUGCAUCUCGGCAAGAGAAUGCUGUGGCGCCCGAAAUCUUUUGCGUCAACUGUGGCAACUGGCACCCGAUCGAGGCCGCAUGCACCACGUGCGGCCAUGAGGCAUCGACACACGAGCGCGUGGUGGCGAUUCUUCGGCGCUUAAUGCGACUGCACCACCGCGGGUGCGUCGUCGACUGGGAUAAGACGUGCGCCGCCUGCCACGAGACAACAAUGACGAUCGUGGACUCGCUCUGCCCGAAAUGCUUGCACCAGCAGCAAGAUGCCAACGAGCUCAAGAAGCUGCAAGAGCUACUCAAGAAGGCUCUCAAGUCGAUCGCACCUCGCCGCGUACGUCCUUUGACGUCUAUACUGAACACUGACUCGAAGUUCAUGGGCGGACAGGCGGGCAAGGACAUACCGCUGAUUCCACGCAGCAUUCCUCGAUGGCUGGCGCAGAACAAUGAGCCGCCGGCGUCACCAAGCGCGUAUUUGGCAGCACUUGCUCUCCGUGAUGUGCAGGUGAGUCUCCCAUCGACCUAG